AUCAGAUAAAUAAGUCAUGUUAGAUUAGCAGUGAUUUAUUUCUUUUUUUGUAGUAUUAUUAUUUUUAUAGUGUGUAUAUGUGUAUAUAUAUAUAUAUAUAUAUAUGUAUACACAUAAAUAAUUAAUCUUUAAUAUAUAAUUAUUAUGUGAUAAAAAAUAUGAAAUUGUUUCCUAUAUAUUUAUUUUAUAGAAUAUAAAUAUCCACACAUAGCAGCCGUUAUUUUCUAUCGCUCGCGAAAUACCGCGGUCUACUUAAAUGUUAUUUUUAACCAGAUACGUUCUGCUGAAGUUGGGAAGUAGUCUGUAAGACAUUCCUACUACCGUAAAGUAACGUAUCAGAUUUAGCAAUUAUUAAAUAGCAAUGUAAUAAAAAGUUGAUAAAUUCUAUUGAUUAAAUAGUUACCUAAAUCAAUGGAAUUCGUGAAUUGUUCAGUUAAAAAUCAAUUUGAAAAGAGUUGCUUCGGUCAUGGAAAAACAAUUGAAAACGAAAGCGAAAAUAAUAAACAUAAUAAUAAUAAUAACAAUAAUAAUAAUAAUGGGAACGUCAUUUCUUUUACCAGGAAGAAAAAAAAUAGAAAUAAUCAAUCUAUUGUUACAAUUGAACCAAAAUACGUAAACGUUAAUACAAGGUGGAGUAUGGAACAAAGAAUUAAUUUGCUAUCCUAUACAUUGUCGGAUAACGGGAAUUUAAGUGAUGAAUGUAAAGAGGAUAAAAUGAAAAUUAUUCACAAUAUUCAUGAAAAUAAAGAUUUCUUAUGUUCAAGAUGUGGUAAAAAGAUGCAAGAACCUAGACUUCUUCCUUGUUUACAUGCCAUGUGUUCUCCUUGUGUCUUUGACUUAAUUGAAAAAAUUAAUAAUAUUGAUACAAAUAAGAUACAAAACAAUGAUAAUAUUAAUUCAAUGUGUAAUAUUUAUGAAAGAUGUCCUUUAUGUCAUUUUUGUCUGUCAAAUACAUGUUUUAUAAUUCCACCUCCACAUUAUCCAUUACAACAUAGGCUCGUUAUGGAUGUUAUGCGUCGUAAAUUGGCUCAUAGGAUACUUUGCGAUACUUGUUCAGAUGAAGUAAUAGCAAUUGUACAAUGUUGUGUAUGUUUGCGCAACUUUUGUUCUGAUUGUGGUAAUGAACAUGAAGAAAAAACAAAUGUGGAAGCGAAACAAGGCAAACAUAUAGUAAAACCUCUCUGGGAAGCAACCAGAAUACGUCGUACUAUACUUUGUCAAAUACAUCCCUCAAAUGCAUUGCGAUACUAUUGCAAUGCAUGUCAACAGAUAUGUUGUAAAGAGUGUAUGUGGAGUACUGAACAUAGAGGUCAUGCUAGUGAAAAUGCUGUUGGGGCUGGAAGGAGAGCUGCUGCAUAUAUAACAACAAUGCUUGAAAAAGCAAAAAUUCUUUUGAAUUCUCUGCUUAUACAUUACAACGAAGAUAUAUUUUCAAAUGAUAUUUAUAAUGAGCAAGAACAUUUUAUUGAUCAAUGGUAUGUUAAAUAAUCAUAUAUUCCUUAUGUCAUAAACAAAUGUUUGAUAUUUAUAUACAUAAUAAAAUAAGAAAAUAUAUGAUAAAUUGUCAUGUGACAUAAACAAUGUGAUGAUAAGAUAUAUGAUCUAUCAUCAUUAAUUAUAGUCAUUUGAGGUACAGUUAUGCAGUGACUACAUUUUUAAUAAUGACCAUUUGUUAUGAAUAACAACUAUAUAUAUAUAUAUAUGUAAAAAUAUGGAUUUACAAUGAAAAUAAUAUUUAUUUGUAUAUUUACAUGAAACAUACAUAGUAAUUUAUGCAAUGAUAUUAUCUAUUAUAAGUAUUUGUAGCUAAUAUUUUCAGACAGACAUAGACAGGAUACACAGUAAGUAUUAAAGUAAAAACUGGUAUUUAUGUCGUCGAGUUAUUAAACAACGUCCGUCGCGUAAGAGCGAUCCACAACAAGACCAAUGAUUAGAACCAGGGUGACCAACAUGUCCAUGUCCACAUCCAUGAUACCCACCUUUCAUUAAAUCAUUUAUCUCAUCAUUAUUAGAACAGGGCAAAUUUAAGAAAUGUAUAAAUAAAUGUACACAUCGAUUUUUACCUGGCAUUCUUCCUCCACAGGCACAAACAACAUCUUUUUUUCCACCACUUGAACAAAAUGUGCAACAAUGAUAAAUACCACUGUGUCCUUGAUUUAAUAAAAAUAAUUUUUUCUCAUUAUCAGAAAUGUCUAUAAGAAAAAAUUAUCAUGUUUAAAGUAAUUUUCUUUAUUUUAUAGUCUUUUAUUUUAUAGUCUUUUAUUUUUUAUUUUUUAAAUAGAUGUAAAUAAAAAUGAAUUACCAUUUUGCUUGUUUUCUGAAGAAUCUGGUACACCUAAAAAUUUUAAUCUUCUUGCGAUUACAUUGACAAGACUCAAUAUUUCAACUUCUGAACUAUCAACAAAUAAUUCAUUUAUAAAAGAAAUAGCAUCUAAGAUAUGUCUAGCCCUCCAGAGUCUAGCAUAUUCCUGUAUUCUUUUUCGAGCUUGUUUUGUCCAUAUUGACAUGGAUAUAUGUUUUUGUAGAUCUGAUUCAUAUUUAAUUGGAUCUUCAGAAUACCUAAACAGAGAAUCUUAUAUUACACUUAUUUACUGAAUAUAAUAUUAAAACUUAUUUACAUAAAUUUAUCAUAUAUAAAUGAUGAAAUUGUCAUGUGAUAUCUAUCUCCAUUUUAUGCAAGUGAAUAUUUCUAUA